UAGCAGGUUAGCGGCCAAAUCAUUACGCAGAUCUUUACCCUGUUGUGAUCACACCAUUCAGUCACCCACAGACAUAAUGAAGGCACCUUUCUUCAUGUUACAUAUUGGCUUAGCGUGUCUUACCUACACCUCCAGUACAGCCGUGAACACGUCAUCAGUGACGUCAUCGAUGAUGUCAUCAGGUCUUACCUACACCUCCAGUACAGCCGUGAACACGUCAUCAGUGACGUCAUCGAUGGUGUCAUCAGCUUCUGCUUUGUUUUCAGAUAUUACCUACGCCUCCAGUACAGCCGUGAUGAUGUCAUCAGUGACGUCAUCGAUGAUGUCAUCGGAAGGAUCUGUUUCACCAUCGGCAACAGAGAAAACGCUACCCGCUAGUCAGGCAAUGGUGACAUUCUCAGAUUUUGCGCUACCUGAACCAUCUGCGACAACAUAUGCAGCCAAAUCAGCUGACUACACCCACAUGGCAUCAGUUGAGCUGACAUCAGCAUCCGUGGUGCCAUUAACAGCAUUAGCAUCAUCGGCGUCAUCAAUAUUGGGAACGUCAUCGGCCGCAGACAGACCGCCAGAGCAAACUGUCAAAGAUUCACCAACUUUGUCACCAGAUGUUAUGACAAAUUCUCGAGCUUCAACACCAACAAUACUGACAUCUACAGCAGCACUGACAUCUUCAGCAGACCUACCCCCAUCUGCACUGUCAACAAAUGUUGUAACAGCUAUGCUGCGGAUAUCUGCAACAAUCCCUCAAUCGACAUCUGCAUUGUCAACAGUAGUUCCAGCAAACGUCUCAAUGGAGGAUGAAACCACUGUGCUGAUUUCAUUUCUUUCAUUGACAUCUACACUGUCAACAACUGUUCCAACAGCUGCAUCAUCAACAGAGGAUGUUACAACGACACCGAGGUCAGAUGUUACAACGGCGACGAGUACAACAACAACAACAUUCAUCCCACCAGUAGCUAUAUCAUCAAAACCUGUUUCUACAGCAACAUUAAAUCCUGCAUCAUUGACAGCAAUAGCGCCAUCAUCAACUCCGGACUCGGAAGCAUCCACGAUAGCAUCACGAGCAGCACCAACAACGUUCACUUUCUCAGCAGUAUUAACGCCGGAAUCAAAAACAUACCUGUCUGAUUCUGUACUGAUACCAACAUGGAUAAUGAAACCAUCUCAAGCAGCAGCAUCAUCAUCAAUCGCAUCAGCAUCACCAACAACAACAUCAAAACCCAUAACACCCGGAUCAUCAAGUACCUUCACGAUAUCUACUUUAAUGACAUCACAACCCGUAACACAAGACCUACCAGAUUCUACGGAAGGAUUAAUUGAUGAUACACAUUUGCCAGCGACGGCAGGAGCGUCUACAUCAGCAACUUCAUUAUCGUCAUCACUGUUGCCAUCAGAAACAUCAUCAUCAUUAGAGUCCACAGCUGAAUCGACGUCACUAGCACCGUCUGCAACAUCAUCAUCACUGGCGUCUACAGAAAACUCGACGUUAAUGGUACCUUCAGGAACAUCAUCAUUGACGUCUAAAGGAUCAUCGCCAACACUGGAGCCAUCAGUAACAUCAUCAUCACUGUCGUCUACAGGAUCAUCGCCAACACUGGAGCCAUCAGUAACAUCAUCAUUGACGUCUACAGGAUCAUCGCCAACACUAGAGCCAUCAGUAACAUCAUCAUCACUGUCGUCUACAGCAGAAUCAACGUCAUCUUUGACGACAACAGACAGCUUGUCAAUAUUUAAUUCAAUGUUACCGACAAUAUCAGCUGCACACACGACUUCAGCUCUUACUCAAACCGCAUCUACAUUGUCAUCACUGGUCCCAACAUCAGCAUCUGCAGCAGCAUCAACAUUUCUACCAUCAGCAUCUUUUCCGCCAUCAACCGGAACAAUGUUACCAUCAGAGUCAACAUCUGUGACAACAGACACAACACCACCGCCUGCUCCCACCACGACUCCGCCAUUAUCAGCACAGACAUCUCCAACACCUGCAACAUCAGCGUCACCUUUAGAACAGACAGGCUCGGGAGAUACUUACGUCAUCGUCGGUGUGUCGAUCGGAGUCCUCAUUCUACUUGCUGUCGUGGUGUCUCUUCUUGUCGUCGUCAAACUCAGGGUGAUCAACGUGAGGCCUUUAUACGACCGGAUGGGCAUCAAGAGGAGACGCAGGUCGUCGAACACAACUAUCGAGAUGACCUUGGUGGAAGUUGCGGCCGAACACAGUGAUAUCGAGAUAAGUGGACUGGGAAAGUACAUCGCGAGCAAGAUGAAGAACAGAGCAUUGGAUGAAGAAUACAAGACUUUACCCUCAGGCCCCGUUGACCACAUUUAUAAACAUGCCGGGCAGCUUCCCUGUAAUAAGAUGAAGAACAGAUUCGCCGACAUAUUUGCAUACGACUGUUCCCGAGUUGUGUUACAGCGAGGCGAUUCAUCCGACUCUGACUACAUCAAUGCUAAUUUUAUAACUGGCUACAAUCACAAGCAGAGAGCUUACAUAGCCGCACAAGGACCCAAUGUCCAGUCUCUGGACGACUUCUGGUUGAUGAUCUGGCAGCAGGACGUCCGGUGUAUUGUCAUGCUGACCAACCUUCGAGAAAACAACAAGAGGAAGUGUGAAAAGUACUGGCCCAAUGAGGGAUCACGUGAGAGGUACGGUGACGUCGACGUGUCCUGCACGUGCGAGGACGUCAUGUCCACGUAUGUGGUCAGAUUUCUUCAGACAAGUCUCCAUACGACCAAAGAGACUCGUCGAAUCGUCCAGUAUCAUUUUACAACGUGGCCAGACCAUGGAGUGCCGUCAGCGCCCUCUCUCGUCCAGUUCUGGCAACAGGUGAAGGAUGAGACGUCCUCCAACAGACCGCUGCUAGUGCACUGCAGCGCCGGGGUGGGCAGAACAGGGACGUUCAUCGGCCUUGACGCAUUGAUGGAGAGAUGCAAGGUGGAGAGCACCGUCAAUGUCUUCAGCUUCGUCAGCUCCAUGAGAGGCGAGAGAAUAAGUACCGUGCAGACUCGGCGACAGUACACCUUCCUCCAUCUGGUGUUGCUGGAAGCUCUCUACAGCGAAGGUACACAUCGGCUCAGUGACGAGCUUGUUGCGGGAAUACGCUGUGAGGAGGAACAUAUUUGUGAGGAAUUUCAGCGUAUACAGGAACUUGCAGAACUCAACAGGAAUCCUGCUGAAGAAGAUACAGAGGCUGAUGUUAAAGAAGUCUCCUAUGUUCCGUCAUAUACAAGUGACGUUGAGUUCCUCGUGACGUCAUCACUGCCCGGCGACGCAGCUACUCACGUGUGGUCAGUGGUGGAUGAAUACAAGGCUACACUUGUAAUAGCUAUUUGUGAUGAUAUCGCUACUGGAGUCAUCCCCAGCCCUAUGGGCGAGACAAUGUUGGAUGACACUCUGCUGCUGACGUUGAAAUCAUCAAGCUCCAUUUCAGCGCACGUGCUGCAAACAGACAUAAUCGCGGCGCUUGAUGACGGCUCGCAUUCCGAUGAAGAAGACCAACCGUGGGUGGUGACGUUGUUUUCUACGCCAUCAGUGACGGACUCAAUCAGCGACGUGCUGACGCUGGUUGAGAAGCUGGAGAACACUCGCAACAUGGCUGCAGAAAGUAUUAUUGUAUACAGCUGUCCAGACAGCCACCCUGCCGUGUUGUUGUGCACCAUCGUCAACGUCAUCCAGCGACUUCAGCGACACUCGGGCGUGGACAUAUACCUCGCCGUGAGGGAGAUGCAAUCCGUCAUACCGUCAUACCACGUCUCACAGGACGACUAUAGGUUUCUCUACAAGCUCGCCUCUCAGUAUGUUACCUCCACCAACAUCUACGCCAACGCUUACGUAUAGCGCCAGUCACUACCCUAACGUCGACGUCACUGGUUACACAGCCUUGCAUACAGACAUUAUCAACAGUGGUGACAGUUGAUACUCCAUGUGCUGGCUUCAGUCAGUCCCAUUAAGCCCAGCUCCAUGGUGACCCACAUGGUAGUUACUGGUGUAACUUGUUCCAUUGUGACUUCUCUCGUCCUUUGUUUUUGAUGGAUACCAUAUUUAGUGAUUCUUUAACACUUAAUUCUGAUGCAGUAUUGAUUGUGCAAUGACCUGUUAUGAUCAUACGAGAGAGAGAGAGAGAGAGAGAGAGAGAGAGAGAGAGAGAGAGAGAGAGAGAGAGAGAGAGAGAGAGAGAGAGA